AUGGAGACCUACAGUGUCUAUGAGGACAUCAUUGGAGAGUCGCAGAGGAAUCCUACCGAUGAAACCUUUGACGAGGACGUGUUCCCUGACUUUAUCCUGUGGAACGGGAGUGACUGGGAAAAGUACUUGAAAACUCAUCUGGCCUUUCCCGGAGAUUCAGAUCUGCUGUUGGAUGACAGGGCGACGAGCACGGCAUCAUCGGAGCUCUAUGCGACUUCGGUGUGUUCGAACGACUUGGACGGUCGUUCGGACAGACAGUCGUCGUUUGGAGGAGACCCACCCGAGUCUGAUGACGAUACAGGACCCGUUGGAGUAGAAUGGGAUGCUGAGAUCGAGUUUGAGGAUGAUGAGAAUAGACCCAUUCAACUUUUGGUCCAUGACAGUGACACGUCCCCGGAUACGGGGCGCGCGUCGAAGUCUGACACAGAAGCGGCCCCAUCAUCCGCUUCGACUUCCGCCGGUGGGGAUCGUCCUGCCGGCGGACAGAUACUAAACAACGAGAGUCACGGCACUGCUAGUUCGGAAGGCCGUGACAAAGUCGUCGAGAACCCCUCCGCCGACAAAGGCAAGAAGGCUCGGCCUCGCAAAUCGCGUAAAACUGUGAAGGCAGACGACGUCAAUUUUGAAAAGGACUCGAUGGGCUAUGCCUGCCCGAUUGAAAUCCUUGAAUACCUUCAUCAGACCGAAGGAAAACUUGAAACCGCGGCAUUUGACAAGGUGUUUUUCCUAACUGAGCAGGCAGCGACGGUCGAUGAGAAAGGGAGGUACCAGUGCGCGGUACGUGGGCGAGUCGCGGGUGAGGGGAUCGCCAGGUGGGUGGAGACGGACCACGAGCCUUGUGGCAGAUCCGUGGGAACGAAUGAUUCCUACCGGCGACACAUCCUCGAGGCACACCUUGGUAUCCCGCGCGCCCGAAGGCAGGACCAAGAGGAUCGACUCGGGAAGCGAAUCAAGCAGCACUAUGUUGCUAAGGGAAUGGUGAGGAAGAGAAAGGCAGUAGACGAGGAUAGCGACCUCUAG